AUGGCCCUGACCUUCGAUGUUCAACAUGUCGCAAUUGUUUCCGCUGUGGCAGGCGUGGCCUCACAUCUGGGAUACUUCAUUCGCGGCGAGCACCAUCUUGAAGCUUUCCGCCUGCUGAUACUUGCUCUCAUCUCGCCCGUUGCGAUUUUCGCGGCCAGCAAGUAUUACCUAGUCAUCGAGGACAAAGAAGCCGUGCAGAUCACAGUUUCUUCAGUGAUAGGCUACUAUGCUGGCCUCUUUGGAUCCAUCCUGAUCUAUCGGAUGUUCUUCCACCGUUUGAGGAAGUUCCCUGGUCCGAGUUGGGCCAAGACCAGCAAGUUCUACCAUGUGUCUCGCAUUGCUCGUCGCAAGAACAACUGGUUGGUGCGGGAUUCAUGGCACCAGCAAUAUGGCGAUAUCGUUAGAAUUGGACCUUCGGAGCUCUCGAUUAUCAAGCCAAAGGCGGUGCCUCUGCUUUUGGGCCCAGGAUCAAAGUGCACCAAGGCAGAUUGGUACGAUAUGGGCAAGCCUAUCGAUUCAAUGCACACCAUACGGUCGAAACAGGUUCAUGACGCACGACGGAGGAUCUGGGACCAGGGUUUCAAUGCUAAAGCUCUCCGAAGCUACGAGGCUCGAAUCCUGAAGUACAGCAAACAGCUCGUGGACGCCAUUACUCGUGAGAGCGGUAAACCUCUCGAUGUCUCAAAAUGGUUCAACUAUUACUCCUUUGAUGCGAUGGGAGACCUUGCGUUUGGGAAGUCGUUCAAUAUGCUCACAACGGGUAAAGAGCACUUCUUUCUCCAGCUUGUACACCAGGGCCAGUCUCCGUUGGGCGUUUUCUCACCCACACCAUGGCUGGCGCUGAUCCUAAAGGAACUUCCAUUCGCCAUGCGGACAUUUCACAAGUUUAUCAAAUGGUGUGGACUCCAAGUUGACGAGAGACAGAAGAUGAAAAUGGCGGAACCAGAUGUCAUGUCAUACAUCAUUGACUCUGCCAGUCACGCUAAAAAUCCCACAGAAGCCCGAAACUGGCUUCAAGCCGACUGCAGGUUGAUAAUAGUGGCAGGGAGUGACACUACCGCCGCAACCUUGACGAAUGCCUUCUAUUACAUGACAAAGGAUCCAUCCCACAUCAAGCGGCUUAGAGAUGAACUGGAUGGCCUUAGGCUCGAGGAUGGAACCUUUCAUUUCAAGGAUCUUCAAGGAGCGGCGUACUUGAACGCUAUCAUCAAUGAAACGCUGAGACUGCAACCACCCGUGCCUUCGGGGCUAUAUCGCAAAACCCCACCGGAAGGAAUCAGCAUUGAUGGCAUCUAUAUCCCCGGAGAUAUCAAUAUUAGUGUUCCCCUUUACACUAUGGGCCGAUCCGAGGCCGCUUUCACACAAGCUAAAGAGUUUAUCCCUGAACGUUGGAUAUCAAGGCCCGAGAUGAUCAAAUACAAGGAAGCCUUUGCACCAUUUUCAAGCGGUCCAUACUCGUGCAUCGGCAAGCAACUAGCCUUGAUGGAACUGCGUGAUGUGAUUGCCCAACUGACCACAAGAUUCAAUAUUGAACAAGGCCCUGGCAACAAGACUUCACCAGAAGCCGGAAUGGAAGACAUUUUCACCGUGGCACUGGGAAGUUUUGAUCUUGUCUUUACACCGAGGAAGGACGCUGCAUAG